AAGGUCGCAAGCGUCAUAUUCUCGUAAGAACAAAAUGAUUCGACAUGUAGCUCGCCAAAAGGAACCAUUUCAGCGAUAUUUGUUAACUUAUCACAACAAAUCAAAGAAAGAAAGAUGCUGUCGUUUAUUAAGUACUUUUCAUCAUAAACAAUAUAAUAAAACUGGCAGUCAUCCGAAAACACCAUGUCAACAAGUACAGACACAGAGGAGCCUGGUCACAGUUCCCCAGAUCAUCACCACAGAGGAGGUAUCACAUAGACAACUUAAACAAGUACAUCUACAGCAAAACCGGGACAUCUUCUCCAUACCAAGUAUACCAGGCAUUGUCUCAGACACGAAGAAGGAGUACUCAGAGCGGAGAGUUUUAGGGUACUCAAUGGAGCAAAUGUUCCAGAUUGUGUCAGAAGUAGAGCAUUACCCCGAGUUUGUACCAUGGUGUAAGAAGUCUUCAGUGACUGGCAGACGCCGCAGCCAGUUAAAGUGUAAUCUGGAGAUUGGGUUUCCUCCUCUCGUGGAGAAGUACAACUCUAUAGUGACACUAGCAAAACCACGACUUGUCAGGUCUGAGUGUACUGACGGCAUACUUUUUAACCACCUUUUGACUGUAUGGAAGUUUGGCCCUGGAAUUCCAGGCAAUCCCAACUCAUGUACUCUAGACUUCUCCGUAUCAUUUGAAUUCCGGUCAGUGCUGUACUCCAACAUGUCUCAUAUGUUCUUCGACCAGGUGGUCAAACAGAUGGUGAUGUCCUUCCUCAAGCAAGCACGAAAACUGCAUGGUCCAGCCUCGAUACGGGACCAGAAACCUCAAAUCCUUAAAUACAAGGAUUGACAAAGGCUAACACAUAGGGUUGAAUAUUUAUAAGAGUUAGAAUCUCCCCAUUGCCGGUGGGUCUUGUGAUGGUGGUGCUGAUAUCCAGAAGAGACAUUUAGGGGAGAUUGUAGAAUAAGAUGAAGAGAUAUUAUUUAUUGUUUACUAUUUGAGACAUCAAAGCAAAUAAUUGUGUUUAUUAAGUUUUGUAAAAUGGUGUGUCUACAGAUUUGACAGAAUGGUAUUUGUUAUUCUUAUAUCCAUGUUACUGUCUACUUUUAUACAUGUAUUUGAAAAGACAUUUUUUAUAUUAAAAAAAUCUUCUGACACAUUGUAUGUACAAUGUAUACACUUAAGGUCAAAUAGGUAAUCCACUGACAUACCAUAUUAAUUCCUUGGAAAAAUAAUGAGAUUUAUUGUCGUUGACUUCAACAUCAAUAGUGACCUUAAAGGUUUCACUACCUUUAAUAAUAAAUCCAUUUUAACUAGGGGCUUGGAUUUAGGACCACUCCAGGUAUGAGCUAAUGGGAAGGGGAGAGAGUGCAGAGAGGCACUGUUGUGUGAUCCUCACUUUCAUUUUUUUUUAACAAUCAUUUUAGAUCCCAUCAUCCACAUAAUAGUUAAUGACACGUUCCUUCUCUCCAUAUCGUCGGAUCUGGAAUAGCACCGAGAUGAAUCAGUUCUUGAUGGUCUGUCUCUUACAGAAGCUGUUCCGAAAAAACACCUGAAACAGGCAUAAUAUUCUUGGUCCAAAAUUAAUCAUAAAGACAGUUUAACACAUAGUGUGCCUGCUUUGUUAGGAUCAACACUUGAUUCAUGAAAGGAUAGUGAAGGUCAGUAGCGUAGAAUUGUAAGCCUAAGCCAUAAUUACAGCUGUAAUCCAAUGCUUUAGUUAUCUUAUUUAUCCCUAUAUGUUGGAGUGUGAAAUGAAAUGACUGUGAUAUCUAAAGUUACGAUACCCGGUAGAUUGCUAGCCAGUGAUAAACUUAGUUGAAAUUCUACCUAAAUCCUGGCAUUCCUUUUCAAUGCGUUGUUCUUGUACUUUAUUAUUGCUUUAAUAUGGGUGUAUUCACAUAUUGGUGAACAUUUCUUCUCAAAUGUUACUAAAUAAGCUAAUACAGGUACUGCUUGACAGUCAAAAUUGUUCAACAGUAACAAGAUAUAAAAGAGCAUGUACUUUGUAAUAAGUAUUUUAACGUCUGUGCAGAUAGAUUUUAAAUUUUCCUGCAGGAACAUUUUGGUCACCAUGACUGGAAACAAGUAUUUUAAUCCGGUUGUAAGUUUGUGUUAUGCGUCCUGAUGAAUAUAUGAAGAUGUGUCAUUUGCAAAGUAUAUUGAAGUUUGAAUGGCUGAUAGUGUCAUUAUGAUGACUGGUGCUGUGUAGAAGAUGUGUGUGUGUUGUAUGUAAAAACUACCUGCAAUUUUUGUUUUUCAAAUAUUAAAAAUUUGGAAAUAUUUCCUGACUGUUUUAUUGUCAUGAUGAAAAUGUCAAAAUCGUUUUUAUUAAUAGGCAAAACAUGUGGCUUGAAGUCAAAUUAGUUUUUACUGUUUUGUCUCGGUAUAUAAUAUGACAUGCAUAACAAAUAUGAUGAAGGAUAAAAAAUAAUUAUUCAAUUCAUGAAAUUUAUUAACGAUUUCGUUUUUGUGAGGAUUGGACUAGCAGAUUUUUUUUAGAAUGAAUUUUAUACAAAACGGAAACAAAUUGAAAGACCUUUUUGUUUAUAGUCCCAAUGAUAGACAUGAAUAUUUACAAAAACAAAAGUUUUCUUUUUUACCAUUGGACAUUCUUGUACACAAUUUUCAUGACAUGUCUAUUUCUUUGAUGCGACAUCCAGACAUCCAUAUAUUUGAUGCGACGUCCAGACAUCCAUAUAUUUGAUGCAACGUCCAGACAUCCAUAUAUUUGAUGUGACGUCCAGACAUCCAUAUAUUUGAUGCGACGUCCAGACAUCCACAUAUUUGAUUAGGUAUUAUGCAAAAAAUGUAAACAGCCAGACUAGGGUUCAGAUCAGGGAUCAUAGUUAUAGAUGGAUGUAUUAAAAGCAUAAUAAGAUAGUUGAAUCAUAAAAAUAGACAUUCAUAAAAAUAUGAUGAUACAUUCUGCCUGUAAAACGCUUAAGUAUGGAGUGAAUGGUCCAGUUGACUGGACGUCCACAUAAUAACCUCUUCUAGAACAAUGGCAAUACCUCUUCUAAGGUGUUAUAAAUCUCUGUAUUUAAUGAUUCACAAAUUUGCUGAUUGAGAGGGUGUUUCUCUUAUUGUUAAAAGUUGACUGCAGAAAUGUAUUAUUUUUUUUAGUUUUAGUAAACAUUGUCCUUGAUACUCAAAUUAUUAAAGAUUUAAAAAGUGAGACUUGUUGAUUUGCUAGUGAAUUGAAAGUAACACAGAUGCUUGAGUACCCUAAACUUCUCUGUGAUCCAAUUUCCGUACAGAAAAGACCUGUUUUUAUGUCCUCUCAUUGUGUUUAUUUUAUUAAUUUGUACGAUUUUUAAGGUAUUUUGGUUAAGUUUUGUUUAUGUUUAAUAGCUUAUGGGAAUGAUACUGUUUGGCACAAGACAAUCAGUUUACUGUUUGACCCUAUAAGUGCUCUGCACUUUGUAAGUGCUUCACAUAAACGUUUCUUCAUUCUGCAUCCCAUUCCUUCACUAUUGCUUACAGAUUAUCUUGAAAAGUGUUUGUUGUAGAUGUUAAGUUCCAAAAUAACUAGAUGUUUGCAAAAUAUUAAUUGUAUUUUUUUCCAAAUACAGUACAUACAUGUACCUUAACACUUUUUUUAAAUCUUUCAAAAGUUUAGAAGAAACAAUUUCAAACUAUAUCAAAGAUUAAUAGAAUCCUCCCCUACCUGGAGGAUUUGACAGGUAAAUCUCCAUCCUGAGAGAGAUUUCUCUGUUCCACCCACAAGGAAGGAGAGGGUUAUUUCUCCAUCCUAUUAUUUCAGUCACAACUCCACCAACAGUAGUCUGGAAUGUUUAAUUUACAAUUGACGUCUCCAAUCAAAAGCUGAUUGUGACGUCAUUGUUUAUUGUUUAUUGUCAUCGUACAGUUUCUUGCAUUCUGUCAUACCCUAGGCAGUGACAGAGAAAACAUACCCAAUAGAGGGUGACAGAAAUCUUAAACAGGUAAAUCAGGAGACAAUUCAGUGGAAGGUUGGAGAACUUCUCAUCAAACUGACCCUGACACAAGCUCCAUCUUCAUCUGUACGUCAUUAUAUAGAUUCAGUGUUUUUUCAACAACCUCUUAUCUUAAAUGUUUAUCCCUAGACACCACUAUGGCUGAGCCUGUAGUGAUAAAUCGAGGGUUUGUAAGUAACAGAAAAUUAUUGGUUAGCUCUCAGUUUACAAGUAACCAUGGGCUAAUCAUGUACCCAAGGUGUCUGUGUUAGCAUCUGCGGUCCACCUGAAAACUUGAGAUUUUUUUGGGGCAAGUUUUUUAAAAGCUUCAGACUCCAUAAGUAUGUAUCACACCUACUUCCUACGUCCAUUUAAUGAAACCAAGCAUUAGGAUGGCUGAGUGUAUCAAAGCUCACUGCUAACUUAACUAGUUUUUUAUGAUCCUUUAUCAGACUUACAUUAUCACAAAUUUGUAUUAAAAAUAACCGUAAGAAGUUUGGGUAUAAAUAUUGAGCUAUGGCUGGUGCCAUAGAGCUUUGUAGUCAUUGAUUGCACUUUGUUAUGUUGGUUUAUUAUUCCAUUGUUAGAAAUGUGAAGAUAUUGGCUUUUUUUUAAAUGUCAAACUCUGCUUUAAGUGCAAAAAAUGCAAUAUGAACAAUUCAAAGCUGGAAAUAAAUAAAUCAUUCUUUAUGAAGAAACA